AUGGAUUCCAAUCCAUUUACGCAUACAGGAAACUUUGUUGAUCUACUUCAUAGUCAACAAAGUAUUUCUUUUGCUAACUAUGAAGAUAUCUCGACUCUGUCUUCAUCUCAACUUCCUUCUCUUGGCACGGACGAUGUUGGUGAGCGUCGGGAACGAAGGACGUGGACUCCUACUGAUGAUAUUCUGCUGAUCAGCUCGUGGCUCAACACCAGCAAAGAUCCAGUUGUUUUCAACGAGAAAAAAUCAGGCACCUUCUGGAAGAGAGUUGCAACCUAUUUUGCAGCAAGUCCGAAGCUGCAACUAGGGAGAAAAGUAGUGGUUGCAAUGAGAAUGAUGGGCCUCAAAAGAGCUCAUGAGAUUUUCCACAACAACCAUAACAAGAAAUUCACUUUGGAGCAUGCUUGGAAGGAAUUGCGAAACGACCAGAAGUGGUGUGAAGUUUCAAGUGCUAAAAACGAUGGAAGCUCUAAGAAAAGGAAGUGUGAAGACACUGCAGACUCAUCGGCCUCUCAACCAUCUGAAACCAAGCAUCCCGCGGGUGUUAAAGCAUCAAAGGCCCGUGGGAAGAAGACUAUGAGGGAGGAGUCUGCAAUGAAUGGGUUUCAAAGUAUGUGGGACAUUAAGCAGAAGGAUUUGGAAGUGAAGGAAAGGUUGUCGAAGAUGAGUAUACUUGAGUCUCUUAUUGCAAAGAAAGAACCUCUAGCUGACUAUGAAGAAGCCCUCAAGAAGAAGCUCAUCAGUCAAGACAGUGUCACAGAGUGGAACAUUGAAAGUGGGAGUCUUGUGUCACGUUGUCUCUGUUUGAAGACAGUAUCACGAAGUCUCUGUUUCUUGUGGUCUUCUCGUGGAGUGGAGCAAUCAGAGUGA